AAACAGUUAAAAGGGGGGUUGGAAGUGAGAGAGAAGGGGGAAAAGUGAAGCGAGGCAGUGAGGUGUAAGCCUGCUAGGGGUGGGUGUAGGUGGGCAGAGUUAGGGUUGUUUUCGUAUUUCUGGGAUAGGGAAUCGUUGAUAGACAGAGGAGAAAGCCUGCAAGAAAAUCCAAGACCCAAACAUGGUAAAGCUUAGGAAGCGACGAGCCGCAUAGAUUCAACAUCUUUUUCCUCUCUCUCUCUCUCUUCAUUCUCCAAAACUUUCACUGCCACACUCAUCUGAAGUCUCCGUACCAUCCACCCACUUUUUCCACCCCCUCAACAAGCACUCCCACUCACUCACAAACUCAUCCCAAAAAUCCUCAGAGAUUUAGAGAGAGAGAGAGAGAGAGAGAGAUGAAAAAGGGUAUCGUGUUCUGAGACAAAACUCAUACGCGCUGUGAUGUUAGGUAUUGUUUGGGGAUGACAAUUGCAUGAAAACGUGGGAAUAUACAAGUCCAAGACCAUUAUUGUAAAUCCAAUAUCAAAGUCUGAGUCAAAAAAGCGAGACAGAGCCAGCUGUCUGCCACAAACAUAUCAAAAAACCAUACAACUGUUCAUCAUCUUCUUAAAGGGGUUCCCGAAACCUGAGUUUUUCUCUUGUUCAUGGAGUGGAACAGAAACAAACCACCUCUUUUCUACUGCGUCUCCAUCUUCUUCCUUUCAUGUUUUGCACUGAUCACCAACAUCAGCUCUAUACCUACAUGUCAAGACAACAGGUGUCCCUUGUCUGUUAAUGCUGACAUAAAUUUUCAGGAAAUUGAGAAGAGAAAAGAGGAGGGGUCAGUGAGCUUGGCAAGGAGGUUCUUGGGGGGGCCUGGAUCAUCGCCACCGCGAUGCACAUCAAAGUGUGGCAAAUGCACACCAUGUAAGCCGGUUCACGUGCCUGUGCCGCCUGGAACGCCGGUUACUACUGAGUAUUAUCCUGAAGCUUGGAGGUGCAAAUGCGGCAACAAGUUGUACAUGCCAUGAUGCAUGUUUUGCUUUUGUCUGCUUGGUGCUUAAUUUCCUUACCUGCAAUCUUGUCAAUUAGCUAUUUUAGUAAAAAAAAUUAUUGAUGGAAAACAGGAAUAUAGGACUUUAAUCUAUGUAAAGAAUGUUAUAUAUUGACACUAAUCGAGACUAUCGCGGUGAUAUCUAAUAUGUUAUCACUUUGUAUCAUGAA